AGAAUUAGAUUGAAAAUCAAAUAUAUUUAAUUUAAAAAACUAAUUUUUGGUUAGGGAGUAGAGAGAAAAGGGGGAAAAUUGAAAAACAUUGGAAGAGAAGAAAAUGGAGGGUGAAGUGAGGAAUUGGUGUUUGGAAUACCUCGUUAGAAACUCAACCAUAGAAACCAACAUCAUCAACAAACUCAUUUCUAGUAUCUCACUCUCCAACACCGAUUACCGCACCAAGAAAACAAUCAUCCUCAGAACCCUCGAAGACUCCUUGUCGGAAGCAUUUAUCCCAGAAUGUAUGCUCCAAAUUCUCGAGGUACUAGAAAAACUACUACUUCGUUGCGACUCUUCAAAUUCAAUCAGUGCCGCCAUGAAAGCCGCUUAUUGUAGCAUUGCCGUUGAAUCUACUCUCAAGUAUCUUGAAGCAGGAACAUCAAACCCUAGCUACGGCAAAGCGGUGAAGAGGAUAUGGAAGGGUAGGGUUCAUGAUAUGCAGAGUGAGGGAACUAGUUUUCUGUUAUCUGAUGAAUUGAAAAAAUGGAAAUGUGAGAUUGAGAAUUCGCUUUUGGAUGGGAAAGUUAUGGAGAAGCUUGCUUCCAUGCCGAAUACUCGAAGAGACGCAAUUAGAAAGGUGCAGGCUUUUUUGGCUGAAGCCUGGGACAAUUUAGGUCCUUCUUUUCUUGAAUCAGCAGCGAAGAAUCAGUUGGAUGCGAGUGUGGGUGUCUUGCAGAUGAAGAAACAACAGGAGAAAGGUUCUUUAAUGGAAAUUCGGAACGACAAUGAGAAGCUUGAAGGGAAGUUUACUACUUCUGUUGAUGUUGAGGAAGUGGAUUUAUCAACCUCUUGUAGCAAAGGCGAGUCUUUGCCGAAUAACGAGGUCCCGAAGAAUGGGGAAUCUGUUAAAUGUAGUUCUGUGGAGUUACAAAGCUUGGCCAAGGAUCCGGGUUUGGUAAUUGAGGACAUGAAUCAGGAGCCACAAAUGGAAAAUCGGAGUACGGAUGCAAAUGUACCCGACCCACAAGCUUGCCAGAGUAGUAAUAAUAAUGAGGCUAAUCUUAAUGAGACAACCUCUGUUCAUCAGAGUGAUGCUCAGCACCCUAGCUUGAUGAAACCAAAUAGUACUGCCCGUACUCAUGAGUGGGAUGAUUCGAUAGAUGGCUUGCAAGGAGAAACAUCCUAUCAGGCUAGUAAAUUUAGUUUGCCUAGUCCAAGGAGGAGGAAAGUUUCUCCUUUGAAGGAGUAUGAACCAAAAAACAUCACAAAAAGGAGAAGACCGAAAAAAUGGAGUAAAUUGGAAGAGGAUACUCUAAGGACUGGAGUAAACAAAUUUGGCAGAGGAAACUGGAAAUUAAUCCUCAACGCUUAUACAUUUGAAGAGAGAACUGAAGUUGAUUUGAAGGACAAAUGGAGAAACAUGAUGCGGUAUGGAGGCCAAUGAAUCAUUUGUACGUGCAUAGUUCUUUUUUGCCGACUAGUUCACGCCCAAAUGAUGAACUAAAAUUGAGAUGUACAUACAUAUUUUGAAUCUGCGAGGUAUGUUUCGGAUGUAUUUUUGUAUACAAUCCUAGUAUUGUACUUCAAGAACAUGAAAAAAGAUAGUGUCUGAUGCUGCUUUAGUAGGAAGUACUCCAUGCAAUUUUUGUCUCAGAUGUAUCUAACUUAUUUUUGGUGCACUUAUACCAUUAAUCAUUUAAUCCAUUAUCCUUUUUU